CUUAUCAGAUAUAUAUGCAAUUUCUAUGAUUAUGAUUUUGAAUUGAGUUUGUAGUUGAUUUGAGUAGUGCAUAGAAUCAUGGGAAUACAUCUUUAAAAUAUUUAGGUAGAUUUUAGUGGAUGGAAAAUUAGAACUAAUGUUUUUUGGUUUGUUUCUUGGGAGAAAAAAAAAUUACAUUGGCUUAUUUUCUAGGGAUAUUGAUGCAGAGUUUGAGCUUUUCAAGAGCUUGAGCCAGCAGUUGUUAGAAUUAACAUGUGAUGUAACAAAACCGCAUCAGGGCUUGAGGCAAGGAUGCUUCCCAUGGUUGCUGGAUCUUGCUCUCUGAGUCAUCCCUUCCUUCCACUACUCUAGCUAUUCGAUAGAGUAUUCGUUUACCUUUCUAUUUUCUUACUUUAUAUUAAGUUUAUUUUGGUCUCAAUGUCUCUCAAGUUGUCUUGCUACUAGUGAUGAGGCCCUCUCUUGCAGCUUCAGCAUGAAGGCGCUUACUUGUUUGUACUGAAAAGGACCCUGUUAUUCAACCACUGGUUGAUCAUGACUCUGAAACCUUGCAGCGGUUACUUCCUGAGAUACCCCUUUGGGUGAAAUAUCCAGACUAUGAUCGUAUUGACUGGCUAAACAAGUUUCUUGAGUAUAUGUGGCCUUUUUUGGACAAGGCAAUAUGCAAGACUGCAGAGACUAUAGCAAAGCCCAUUAUUGCUGAGGAAAUUCCAAAAUAUAAAAUUGAUUCCGUCGAAUUUGAAACUUUUACUUUAGGGUCUCUACCACCUACUUUCCAAGGUAUUAAAACCUAUAUGACUGAGGAGAAGGAAUUGAUUAUGGAACCUUCCUUAAAAUGGGCUGGAAAUCCUAAUGUAACUGCUGUUGUCAAAGCAUUUGGGUUGAAAGCAACGGUUCAGGUGGUGGAUUUGCAAAUUUUUGCCGCACCACGUAUCACCCUAAAGCCGUUGGUUCCAUGCUUUCCUUGUUUUGCCAAAAUCUACGUUUCUCUCAUGGACAAGCCACAUGUGGACUUUGGACUCAAGCUUCUCGGAGCUGAUCUUAUGUCAAUCCCUGGACUGUACAGGUUCGUUCAGGAACUUAUCAAAGAUCAGGUUGCUAACAUGUAUCUGUGGCCUAGAAACCUAGAAGUACAAAUUAUAGAUCCAGCAAAAGCCGCGAAGAGAUCUGUAGGAAUUCUUCAUGUGAAGGUUCUGAGGGCAAUGAAGUUGAAAAAGAAAGAUCUACUUGGUUCAUCAGACCCUUAUGUAAAAGUAAAGCUCACUGAGGAUGUGCAUCCGUCAAGGAAGACUGCCGUGAAGCAUAAGAAUUUAAACCCUGAAUGGAAUGAGGAAUUCAAUAUGGCUGUUAAAGAUCCAGAGUCCCAAGUUUUGGAUCUUAAAAUUUAUGAUUGGGAACGGGUUGGCAAACAUGACUUUAUGGGCAUGAAUACAGUUCCCUUGAAAGAACUUUCCCCUGAUGAACCAAAAGUUUUGACUCUUGAUCUUCUUAAGAACAUGAAUGCAAAUGAUGUUCAAAAUGAUAAGUCACGUGGGCAACUUGUGGUGGAAUUGAAUUACAAACCUUUUAAGGAGGAGGAAAUGGAAAGUGAUUUUGACGAAUCAGGUACAGUGGAAAAGGCUCCGGAAGGGACGCCUGACAGUGGAGGCCUUCUUGUGGUUAUAAUUCAUGAAGCACAAGAUGUUGAAGGGAAGCACCAUACCAAUCCGUAUGUGCGGAUCCUUUUGAAAGGGGAGGACAGAAAAACUAAGCAUAUAAAGAAGAAUAGAGAUCCAAGAUGGGAAGAGGAGUUCCAAUUCAUGCUGGAUGAGCCUCCCACUAAUGAUAAGCUACAUGUGGAAGUUUACAGUGCCUCAUCGAGGAUUGGCCUACUACAUCCUAAGGAAUCUUUGGGGUACAUUGAUAUUAGUCUUGCUGAUGUUGUUUCCAACAAGCGCAUCAACGAGAGGUACCAUCUAAUAGACUCGAAGAAUGGACGAAUCCAAAUCGAGCUGCAAUGGAGAACUUCUGCUUAAGCCUUUUGUUCGAUCUUUUUCCCGAUACAUUUUUCCGAGAUUGAGAUAGCUGCGCACUUGGAGAGAUACAUUCUAUUGUUUCUUGGUCUUGAUACCAAAUUAUAAUGUUUGUUGUCUGUAUGUACCUCAGUACCAAUAAUACAAAAGUAUAUACUUCGUACUUGCUGUUGACACCCCAAUUUUCGGUUUCAUUUCUCAUUUUAGGUUUUGGUUGUCUUGCUUGUUUACUAUUAUUACAGGAUUCAGUCAAUAAUAUUGUAACAUA